GGAGGCGGCAUUCCACAGCUGCCCCCACUUUCUGGAAGAGGCGGAAGGAGGGGGGUGAACUCCGGAGGGCGGAUUGGGGGCUCUCAGCUUCCUGUCUCGUAAUGGAAACUCGUGAUCUCAGACUUGAUCCCGCUGGAUGGUCCUGGAGUUUGGUGAGGGGGAGACUUUCCCGAACUCUUCUGCCCCCAAAACAGGUUUCCCUGGAGGCCCUUGGCCAGGCCUGAGCCUCUGCUGCCAUGGCCAUUGUGCAGACACUGCCAGUGCCCCUGGAACCCGCUCCUGAGGCCGCUACUGCCCCACAAGCUCCAGUCAUGGGCAGCGUGAGCAGCCUCAUCUCAGGCCGGCCCUGCCCUGGGGGGCCGGCUCCUCCUCGCCACCAUGGUCCCCCUGGACCCACCUUCUUCCGCCAGCAGGAUGGGCUGCUGCGGGGUGGCUACGAGGCACAGGAGCCACUGUGCCCAGCUGUGCCCCCCAGGAAGGCUGUCCCUGGUACCAACUUUACCUACAUCAACGAGGACUUCCGGACAGAGUCACCCCCCAGCCCAAGCAGUGACCUUGAAGAUGCCCGAGAGCAGCGGGCACGCAAUGCCCACCUCCGUGGUCCCCCACCAAAGCUCAUCCCUGUCUCUGGAAAGCUAGAGAAGAACAUGGAGAAAAUUGUGAUCCGCCCAACAGCCUUCAAGCCAGUGCUGCCCAAACCUCGAGGGGUACCAUCCCUACCUAGCUUCCUGGGUCCUCGGGCCACCGGACCGUCGGGGAGCCAAGGCAGCCUAACGCAGCUGUUUGGGGGCCCGGCCUCCUCUUCCUCUUCCUCCUCCUCCUCGGCUGCCGACAAACCCCUGAUACUGAGUGGCUGGGCCAGCGGCUGCCCAUCGGGGACUCUGUCUGACUCCGGCCGAAACUCAUUGUCCAGCUUGCCCACUUACAGCACCGGGGGUGCCGAGCCGGCUACCAACUCCCCAGGCGGGCACCUGCCCUCCCACGGCCCUGGGCGGGGCGCCCUGCCGGGGCCAGCCCGAGGAGCCCCCACUGGGCCCUCCCACUCAGACAGCGGCCGAUCUUCCUCCAGCAAGAGCACAGGCUCCCUGGGGGGUCGCAUGGCUGGGGGGCUCUUGGGCAGCGGUCCCCGGGCCUCCCCUGACAGCAGCUCUUGUGGGGAACGCUCCCCACCCCCACCCCCACCCCCUCCACCCCCUUCGGACGAGGCCCUGCUGCACUGUGUCCUGGAAGGAAAGCUCCGAGACCGGGAGGCAGAGCUGCAGCAGCUGCGGGACAGUCUGGACGAGAGUGAGGUGACCAUGUGCCAGGUGUACGAGGAGCGGCAGCGGCACUGGCCCCGUGAGCGAGAGGCUCUGCGAGAGGAUGGCGUGGCCCGGGCCCAGCGGGCCCAACAGCUGCUGCAGCUUCAGGUGUUCCAGCUGCAGCAGGAGAAGCGGCAGCUACAGGACGACUUUGCGCAGCUGCUGCAGGAACGUGAGCAGCUGGAGCGGCGCUGCGCCGCCUUCGAGCGGGAGCAACGGGAGCUCGGGCCACGGCUAGAGGAGACCAAGUGGGAGGUGUGCCAGAAGUCAGGUGAGAUCUCCCUGCUGAAGCAGCAACUGAAGGAAUCUCAGGCAGAGCUGGUACAGAAGGGCAGCGAGCUGGUGGCCCUGCGCGUGGCACUGCGGGAGGCCCGGGCAGCGCUUCGGGUCAGUGAGGGCCGGGCACGGGGCCUCCAGGAGGCGGCCCGGACACGGGAGCUGGAGCUGGAGGCCUGUUCCCAGGAGCUGCAGCGGCACCGUCAAGAGGCUGAGCGGCUGCGGGAGAAAGCUGGGCAGUUGGACAGUGAGGCUGCCGGACUCCGGGAACCCCCUGUGCCACCUGCCGCUGCUGACCCAUUCCUCCUGGCAGAGAGUGAUGAAGCCAAGGCACAGCGGGCCGCCGCUGGGGUCGGGGGCAGCCUGCGGGCCCAGGUGGAGCGGCUCCGGGCAGAGCUACAGCGGGAGCGGCGGCGAGGUGAGGAGCAGCGGGACAGCUUCGAGGGGGAGCGGCUGGCCUGGCAGGCAGAGAAGGAGCAGGUGAUCCGAUACCAGAAGCAGCUGCAGCACAACUACAUCCAGAUGUACCGACGUAACCGGCAGCUGGAGCAGGAGCUGCAGCAGCUCAGUCUGGAGCUGGAGGCCCGGGAACUCGCAGACCUGGGCCUGGCGGAGCCAGCACCCUGCAUCUGCCUGGAGGAGAUCACUGCCACCGAAAUCUAGGGCCUUAGCACCCCCCCUGCACGGAGGUCUCCUGAAAGCAGGCAGUAGCCUCAGAUCCACUGAGGGCCUCAAAGUCUGAGGGCCCAAGGGCCUUUAGUCCCUGGGAUACAGGUCUCUGGGCCUCUGCCAAGGACUCAGGGCUGCCCGAUGACUUGGAUCAGACUCCCUGAAGGUCCCUGUGUUCACUGUCACCCAAAGGCUCCUACUCACUCGACCUAUUUCAUUCACUCCCCAAAUACUGCCAUUGCUACUUUGCCAACCCGACACACCCCCAGCGCUCCCAGCCCACUCAGCCAGGGGUCUCGGAAAAGGAAGGGGCUCCCUCAUCUCCACGUUCUCCUCACCAUCCCAAAGCGAGAGCGAGCCAGAUAGCGCCAGCUGCUCCAGAUGUGCCUGCCCCCCAACCCUGCCCAUUUUGGGGGACAGGGCUAGGACUGGGGUCUGAUCUCCAGGUCCCAGCUCUGCACCCCCUCUCCUGGGGAGAGGGGGCUGUAGUCAGACCAAAGGAAGAACUCAGAAAUGUUUAUUUGUGUUUGUGACCAAGUGGCCCCUCCCCACACCCAGGUUUUUGGCCUCGUUUUUCACUUGUAUAUUUUUCACAUUGUAAAUUUCUUGUACAAACCCAAAGAAAAAAAUUAAAAAAUUUUUUGUUUGUUUUUAAAAAAA